AUGAGCUGGACGUCGUCGACGGGGAACAGAUCGGACGGCAUCACGGUACUAUCCAGGACGCUGACACGUAUCACGCUCCGCCACCUGCCCACAAAACCCCAACCCCCCCGCCGAGCGGGUCAGAGGAGGCUGCAGGCGCCGAGCCAAAAAGCCACUGCCGAGAGAGAGAGAGAUAGAGUAGAGGGGGCGAGAGACGUCCCACGCCACGCCGCUCCCGUCCAAACCCCACUCCCGCCCCGCGCCGCGCGAUCCGAAGCCCCAUUAUCUAAUUCCUCGCCGGAUCGGGCCGGCAGAUCUCGCCAUUGCCCAUUUGCCCCGCUCCGCCCUCGUCCUCUGCUCCUCCCGCUGCCAGUGCCGGCGGCGGUUGUGCGGUACUGUUCGGUUCGUCGCCGGGGAGGCUCGCCAGGGGCCGGAGGGAUGUGGCGGCUGAAGAUCGCGGAGGGCGGGGCCGACCCGUGGCUGCGCACCAAGAACGCGCACGUCGGCCGCCAGGUCUGGGAGUUCGACGCCGCCGCCGACGACCCCGACGCCCUCGCCGCCGUCGACGCCGCGCGCCGGGAGUUCGCCGCCCGCCGCCACCAGCUCAAGCACAGCGCCGACCUCCCCAUGCGCAUCCAGCUUGCAAAAGAAAAUCCACUUAAGUUGGAUCUUCCUGCUAUCAAGCUGGGGGAGAAUGAAGAUGUCACAGAGGAAGCCGUGUCGACCACUUUGAAAAGGGCGCUCAGCACCUUUUCUACUCUCCAGGCACACGAUGGAUACUGGCCUGGGGAUUAUGGGGGUCCUAUGUUCCUUAUGCCUGGAUUGCUUAUAAUGCUACAUGUUACUGGAGCAAUGAACACUGUUUUAUCACCAGAACAUCAAAAGGAGAUCCGUCGAUAUCUCUAUAAUCAUCAGAAUGAAGAUGGAGGUUGGGGAUUACACAUUGAGGGUCCAAGCACCAUGUUUGGCUCAGCCUUGACCUAUGUUUCUUUGAGAUUGCUUGGUGAGGGACCAGAUAGUGGAGAUGGAGCUAUGGAGAAAGGUCGAAACUGGAUUUUAGACCAUGGGGGAGCAACUUAUAUAACAUCAUGGGGAAAGUUUUGGCUCGCGGUACUUGGUGUAUUUGAUUGGUCUGGUAACAAUCCACUGCCACCGGAAAUAUGGAUGUUGCCGUAUUGCCUGCCAGUCCACCCAGGUCGAAUGUGGUGUCACUGCCGAAUGGUGUAUCUACCCAUGUGCUACGUUUAUGGAAAGAGGUUUGUCGGCCGAAUUACACCAAUUAUAUUGGAACUAAGAAAUGAACUAUUCAAAGUCCCCUACAGCGAGGUUGAUUGGGACAGUGCUCGCAAUCUCUGUGCUAAGGAAGAUCUGUACUACCCACAUCCACUCAUACAAGAUAUCUUAUGGGCCACUCUCCAUAAAUUUGUCGAACCUGUUAUGAUGCACUGGCCUGGGAACAAACUGAGAGAGAAAUCUUUGAACCAUGUCAUGCAGCAUGUUCAUUAUGAAGAUGAGAACACUCGAUACAUUUGCAUUGGUCCUGUGAACAAGGUAUUAAAUAUGCUUGCUUGCUGGAUUGAAGAUCCAAACUCAGAAGCAUUCAAGCUACACAUUCCAAGAAUAUAUGAUUACUUAUGGGUUGCUGAAGAUGGCAUGAAGAUGCAGGGUUAUAAUGGCAGCCAGCUCUGGGAUACAGCUUUUGCAGUUCAAGCUAUUGCAGCCACUGACCUCAUUGAAGAGUUUGCUCCCACUCUUAAGCUGGCACAUGAUUACAUUAAGAACUCUCAGGUUGUUGAUGACUGCCCUGGAGAUCUGAGUUACUGGUACCGUCACAUAUCUAAAGGUGCAUGGCCCUUUUCUACAGCUGAUCAUGGUUGGCCUAUAUCAGAUUGCACUGCAGAAGGACUAAAGGCCUCAUUAUUGCUAUCAAAGAUUUCUCCAGAAAUUGUGGGCGAACCAGUGGAAGUUAACAGACUAUAUGAUGCUGUCAAUUGUUUGAUGUCUUGGAUGAAUGAAAAUGGCGGCUUCGCAACAUAUGAACUCCAAAGGUCUUAUGCCUGGCUUGAGCUUAUCAACCCUGCCGAGACCUUCGGAGAUAUUGUGAUUGAUUACCCGUAUGUGGAAUGUACAUCAGCCGCAAUUCAGGCCCUGACAUCAUUUAAAAAGCUCUAUCCUGGGCACCGCAGGAAAGAUGUAGAUAACUGUAUCAACAAAGCUGCUAAUUACAUUGAGAACAUCCAAAGAAGUGAUGGGUCAUGGUAUGGCUCUUGGGCUGUGUGCUUCACCUAUGGCACAUGGUUCGGCGUGAAGGGCCUAGUAGCUGCAGGUCGAACAUAUAAGACCAGUCCUGCAAUCAGAAAGGCAUGUGACUUUCUGUUGUCAAAAGAGCUUCCUUUCGGUGGCUGGGGAGAAAGCUAUCUGUCAUCUCAGGAUCAGGUUUACACCAAUCUUGAAGGGAAGCAUACUCAUGCUGUCAACACUGGCUGGGCCAUGCUGACUCUAAUUGAUGCAGGACAGGCUGAGAGAGAUCCAACGCCUCUGCAUCGAGCAGCGAAGGUUUUGGUAAACUUACAAUCAGAGGAUGGGGAAUUUCCUCAGCAAGAGAUCAUGGGAGUCUUCAACAAGAACUGUAUGAUCAGUUACUCCCAGUACAGGAACAUCUUCCCCAUUUGGGCGCUAGGCGAGUACCGGUGCCGAGUGCUGGGCGCGGGCAAGAAGUAG